CCCAAAUUAGUCUCCAAUUCCACUUCCACCAUUGCGAAGUUUCCAAGUUUGAUUUUAAUUAUUUGCAAGAUAUCAUCAAGUGUAUUGAAGUGAGGAUAUGGCAUUGAGAGGAGUAUGGCAAUUGAAGAAACUGGUUGUGAGCUACUGCGAUUGGGGAGGAAGUAGUCGAGGAAUCCGGGAAUUCAUGAAAUCUGAACUACCUGCAUUUAAAGAGGGCAAUCCGCAACUUGAGGUUGUUUCUGAACUCAACCGAGGCCGGCAUCCAUUUUUAAAAGCACUUUACAAGAACAAGAAUGAACGUGUUGUCUGCGUGAGGAAUCUUACACCUGAAGAUGUACUCAAACAUGCGACUAGGCUAAGAAAUGCAUUAGGAAGAAAGGUCGUAAAGCUGAAGACCAGGCAUGUCACUAAACACCCGAGUGUUCAAGGUACAUGGACCCCAGACACAAAGUUUGAAUGCUGAAUUGCGCUAAACAGUUAGAGACUCCACUAUGUGGCAAGCAUUCAACACUUUAUUUUUUCGCAGUGAUAUUUAUUACAUCUUAGAUCAUUUCCUCUCCCUGCUAGCUGUUUUAUCACUGGUGCUGUUUUUCAUGUAUCCCAACCGCACUUUAGAAAGAAGUUGCAUGUCACUGAUAGGUUGCCUUUUGUCAGAAUAAUUUUUGAUAGCUGAAAAAAGAAAAUGUCUAGUUGACAGCUGGAUUCUUAAAAAAUUGUCGAAAACCUUUAAUGUGCAUCUUGAUCUUGAUGAUAUUGGCAUCUGCCUGGAGAUCAUAGUAAACUAACAGUUACUUGUUUCA